AUAUGAAACAAUACGUGCAAUGCUGACGGCUUAACACGAAAUCCGAAUAAGUUCCAAUUGUUCAAUUUUAAGUGUGCGUAUAUUUAUUCAGUUGUAUGCUUGCGUACAAAUGCUUGCCAUAUAAAGUAGCAUCUUAUUUGGACUGGUGAUUAGUAUAACAAUAAUUACCUGUGAAAACGUAUUGGUUUAAACACAAAAUAUGAAAAUAAUUGCGUUAUUUAUUUUCAUUGCGGUUUUAAGCGCUCAAUUAUGUAUUUCACAUCCAACCGCCGAUAGUGCCCUUACAAAGGCCGCUACCGACGCAGGUACAACUGCUCUCGAUGCUAUGAAAGAAAAAAAUCCUCUAGAAGGUAUUUCUAAUUCAACCAAUAUAAUAAAAGAAGGAACGAUAUUUAUUACAACCGUAAUAUCUGCAGCUCAACAUUUUAUGAAAAACGUGAUAAAACAAUUCAAUCCUAACUCAACCAUACCUGGCUUGGAUAAUUUACCACAAAUUAGUAGUUUAAUGAAUCCCGCUGAGAUGGCAGGCAAAGGAAAAGAUGUAAUGGAUAAUUUUAUGAAAAUGUUAAGUGCUUCGCCUCUUUCUGGCGCAGACUCACUUUUAAAAGCACCCGAUGCUGCAGCAGCCAGCGAUAAAGCUACAAAAUUACCAAGUAAGGCGGCUGAUGGUAAAAAUCCAAUAGAAUCUGCAAUGAAUACAGGCUCAAAUUUAAUGGGCGAUUUAUUUAAAUUCGGUAAAUAAUACGCAUUUAUAUGCGUUAACACCAACAUUUCUAUUGUAUUACUUUAUAUGUAUAUAUAAUCAUAUAUAAUAAAAUUUGUAUUCAUAGUUUAUCAUUUGGAACAGAUAAAAAUUAAUAUAAA